UGAGCCUGAGCCUGAUGUUGUCAUUCUGUCAUCCGUGCGGCGUAUACGAUUACCGAGUCGUGGCUACGGCCAAGCUCGUGCUCUUUUUGUACUGCGGAAAAGCGAUAUCCUUGCCACUUGGCAGCUGAUGAACUUCAAAAGUUACUUGUCAUCGAACUUAUUUCCUUUUGAAAUCCAGUAAUCAGUAAAGUCACAAAGUGACUUUUCAAGCUAGCUGUGGCAACGCUGGCGAGCGGAGGCCUUUUUCCAUUUCCACUCGCGAGAGGUUACGGCGAGCGAACCUACAGUACGUCGUAGCAAUGCAUCGUUUUGCGAUCGAGAAAAAAGAAUGCAGGCGGAAAAUGAAAAUGAAAACGCCGACUGCCGCGGGGACAAAAAAGAAAAGGGGGAUUUGAAAAAUCAGCCAGGUCCCGAAACAAAUGCACAACAGGACGCGGCGGGUUUUUGCUUUGCAGUAGCGAGAUCGUGAUGCGCCCGCCACGUCCUUUUACGCUCUCCUAGUGUGUUUACGCGCCCCAUCUCCGACGUUAACAAUUUAGCCGGAAAUGAUUCAUCCAAUAAUCCAUGAUGAAAUUCAUCGACAACUAUUUUCACAAACGAUGAAUCGUUUAUAAUCAUAAUAAUAAUGCAUUACAUUUAUGUAGCGCUUUUCCAGGCACUCCAAGACGCUUUACAGUUUCAUGCGUUAUACGUCGACACCCUGCUGAUGCUACGCUACUUGCGUAGCCACAGCUGCCAUGCGGGGCGUGGUCUGACGGAAGCGCGGCUGCCGUUCUGCGCCUACGGACCCUCCGACCGCCACGAUAAAUCUGCUCCGAUUUCUGUAGUCCUCCAUGAAAGCAGACCGAUUCAUUAUCUUUGCCUUUUUUCAAAAGAAGACAUUCGCAGACAUCUGCUUUUACUUUGGAAAACGCUCAUCGACAUUUUGGACAAUUUUAUGACAUUUUGCGGACCAAACCGGUAUCUAAAUCGUAAUGACUUCAUCUUUGUGCAUUUUCCAAAAUAACUUGAAGUCAUGUUCUGUAUUUGAAGAGAGGGAUGGAAAUGUAAACGUUUUCUUAUCUGAUUCAUCGAUUAAUAAUAAUCUAAUCGACAGCUCAAUCGAUGACGAAAAGAAUUGUCAGUUGCAGCCCUAAACAUAAUUAUAACCUUAUUAACACUUUUAGCUAAUGCCAGUCUGUGCUAACACUGCAGCUCUGCUUACCUUUUGGCUCUGACUGUUCUCCGACUCGGCACAGAAUGAAUACAAAAAUGAAAAGUUGACGUGAUGACUUUUUGAACGCACAGAAAUGUUGCGCGCGCGUUUGUUUUGCAUGGGUGAGUCGCUUCUUUGUUGUCACGGCAACAGCCCGUGGCAAGAAUUUGUCACGGGGUGUGGCCCGAAUUCGCGAACAGGGCGAGGCGCGCAGACACGCACACGCGCACAAAGCGACUCGACAGGAGGUCCAACUUAAUUUCCUCAUUUUGGAUGAGCUGCAUCACGGGACGUUUCAUUAGUUAACCCUCGGCUGCUUCACCACAGAAGAUGAUUAAUCUCUCCGACGCCGUCGACGGUUGGCCCUCCCCCGGGGGCGGCAACCAAUCAACAGAAGGCGGCGCUUGGCCACAACAGCCCGACCAGGCUCCGGGGCCGGGUGCGCCCAACCGCCCCAACCGGCCCCCGUGGCCUGGUGCGCCCAACCAGCCCAACCAGCCCAUGUGGCCCGGUGCGCCUAACCAGCCUAACCAGCCCAACCAGCCCACAUGGCCCGGUGCGCCUAACCAGCCUAACCAGCCCAACCAGCCCACAUGGCCCGGGGCGCCCACCAACCCCACCUGGAAUGGACAACAGGUCGCAGGCGGGGAAGGUGGAGGAAGCGGUGCGGGUGGAGCCCUGUGGCCGGCCCUCUCCCCCUCCAAAGGGUCCGGGGACCGGCCUGGAGCCAACACUUCAGUUUCUCUGUCGGUGCCGUUCAGCCAAAAGAUUCCCGACGGCUUGAGAACGGGGAAGAUUAUCAGCAUCAAAGGAAACAUCAAACCCAAUGCUAACAAGGUGACGGUGGACCUGUGCAGCGGUCACGAUCUGGCGUUCCACUUCAACCCUCGCUUCAACGAGAACGGCAAGAAGGCGAUCGUGCGGAACAGCAAAAUCGGCGGUCGCUGGGGCAACGAGGAGAGGAGCCUGCCGCGCUUCCCCUUCGUGGCCGGACAGCCGUUCGAGUUGCGGAUCGAGUGCGCCUCCGACAUGUUCAAGGUGUUCGUUCAAGGCUCGCACCUGCUGGACUUCCAUCACCGCUUGCCGAACGUGAGGCAGAUCCAAAAGUUGGAUAUCUACGGCGACGUCACGCUCUCACACGUCAGCUUUCAAUGACCUCUGACCUCAGGACAUCAGCGCCUCCUCGAGUCGGAAUAAUAAAGUCAACCUUUGACCCCAUUA